AUGUGGUUCUUACGUUUACGUUUCUGGGCUGUCAAAGAGGCACGGCUGCAGGGCUUUAACAAUUCUGUCGCUGUGCUUGUGGCGCUGGACGUCAAUGGGGCGAAGUCAUUUACUCGAACAUUAACGGGCUGCAACCCCAUAUGGAAUGAGGAAUUCUCAUAUGAACUUGACAACGUGGAAGGGGGCAUCCUUCUGGAGGUUCAACUUAAAGGUUUUCUUCGUCGUCGAACCAUUGGAGCCUUCUACGUUCCCAUUAAGAAAGUUCGGCAGGGUGUUGCUGCGUCUCGGCAUCCCUCAUGGGUGGCUCUAGGUGCAGAAGUGAAAUUGAGGAAUGGCAAAAUUGUCGGAACUCAGGGACCAACAAAAAAUUUCCUUUUCCUCGACAUCUGGUUGACAUUCGACAAAGGCGUUCCAACCACGCCCCGAAUCGCAAACGCCUACGAGAACGGUGAUGUUGGAAAAAUUGAUGAAUAUGCAGGAUUUUAUGUAAGAAUGUGA